AUGGACAGCACUUUCGGUCCUUUGCGUCGCCGCAGAAUCGUUUAUAGCGUCUUAACCGUCUUUAUUCUGCUAAACUUUUUCUAUCUUCUUCGCCUUAUGAUUAAUGGACCGACAAUUGAAGGAGAUAUACUUCUGGAUCCAAAACUCAAUCCCAACAUACUAGUGGAUGAUUCGUCUCGGAGCCUCGGUCAACAGUUGGCAGCACCAGAUCAACGGCCAUUGCUACCAGGUCCUAACGUAGAACGUUGA